UUUGGAGCUGUGGAACAUGGCUGAGAAUAAAAAUAAAAAAAUUUAUUAGAAAGGCAAGUUAAGAAAUUUAAAAAUAUUUUCUCUUAUGAAUUCUACUUCCAACAAGAUAAAUUAUUAAAUUCCCCUUCUCCUAAUAUCCUCUUUUUUGGCCAACCUGCCUUCCUCGUUUCCUUUUUCCCCCGUUCCUGAAUUCAGAGGAUUUUUUCUUUGAAGCUUUGGUAAUGGCAGAUCAAAAAACUGCGGACUCAGUCCAACCCGAAGAAAUCUCUAAUUCAUUUCGUUGUUCCUUUUGUCUGGAUCUUCUUUACAAACCCAUUGUGCUGCCUUGUGGUCACAUUGCCUGUUUUUGGUGUGUGCAUAGAAGCAUGAAUUGGGCAGGCAUGUCUCAUUGCCAAAUUUGUAUGUAUCCAUUCAACCAUCUCUCAAACAUCUGCGAAAUGCUUCAUUUCUUGCUUUUGAAGAUCUACCCAGUUGCGUGCAAGAGAAAGGAAAAUCAAAUGAGAGAGGAGGAAAAGAAAAUGAACUCUCAGUCUCCACAAUUUGAUGAUCAUACAUAUCCAACAAAUGCAGAUGGAGGAUUUGAUCACCUGAUAGAUUAUGCAUGUUCCUCUGAUACAGAGUUUCAUGAUGAUGGUCCAGUUGUUACCAGAACUGAUGGUAAAAAACAAAGUGGGAUUGACCUUGUUGCUGGAAAAGAAAAGAAGCAGGCUUUGCUUGCUUAUUUGUCAUGUGGUGCAUCUAGGCACCUGCUUUUUCGGCCUGUUGUUCUUAACUGUGGUCACGCAUUCUGUGAAAGUUGUAUCAUCUGCUCAGAUGAUGAGAGGAUUACUUGUAAAGUUUGUGAAAUGCCACAUCCUGCGAGACUUCCAAAAGUUUGUUUGGCUCUUGAUUACUUUUUGGAGGAAAACUUCCCUAAAGAAUAUGAAUUGAGAAGAGAUGCUGUUCAGCUAGACCAAGCUCUUUUCAAGCAUGGGAGUGCUGCUACCCACUACACAGGCUCCAAUGAGGAAAAUUCCCUCUUCUUUGAUGUGCCCUCUCUCUCUACGAAUGGCAUGCAUGUACAUGUAGGAGUUGGUUGUGAUUCUUGUGGCAAGUUACCAAUAGUAGGGGAUAGAUACAGAUGCAGAGACUGUACGGAGGCAAUGGGCUUCGAUCUUUGCAGCAAUUGCUAUAACUCUCCAUCCAAGCUUCCUGGCCGGUUCAAUCAGCAGCAUACUCCAGAACACAGGUUUCUGAUUAUACGUAAUAAUCAAGGCUAAUGAAAAGUUUCUUGCUACUUUUCUGUAUGGUGAUGCUUUGGAAAAUGUAGGAAAGGGAAGUGAAUCCUUUAUUUUGAUUGCUGAUUCUAAGGGCAAUAAUACGGGCAAUGCUUAGUAGCUCCUAUGUGUUAAUGGUAAUGGUGUGGAAGAUCAUUAUGAGCAUGUAAUUCUUGAAUAAGAAAACCAGGUUUGUAUAUAAAGCUAAAAGUUCGAUGUAUAAUCUAUAGUUUCAAAUGUGAAGUCUUAGCUUUUGCCUUUCGGUAUUCUUAUGCUUC